AUGUCGCCAAAUCCUAAUUUAAAUAAAAAAAUUAAUAAUUUGCGUAAUACGGUUUCGUCAUUGGAGACUAGUUUUAAAAUAUCAAAGGAUUUAGAAGAUAUUAAAUCGUCGCGAUUUAAGAUGAUAAAACUAUCUAAUGAAAGAUUGAAAGAUAACUUAGAAGAAUCUGAAAAGCGGAAUACAAAUAUGCUUAAUUUAUUUCGGUAUAAUGCUACGGAUGAAUUACCACAGAGUUUAAAAAUUCAAGCUAAAAAAUCAUGGAAUCAAAAGUAUGAUGCUUUAUUGAAAUUAAAUGAUCAAUUAAGACGACAAAUACGAGAAAAAGAUGCUCUUUUACAUGAUAAAGAAAGUCAGAACGCAUCAUUACAACAAAAAUUGCUCGACGUUGGAGAUAAAUUGACUCAACGUGAAGAAUUAAUAAAUUAUAUUUGCAAUAAAUAUAUAAAUUUCAAAAAACGUAAGAACAAAGAAGAAACUCUUUUACGCGAAUCAAUUGAAACGUUAUUACAUGACGCCUUAUUAGAAGUAAACGAUCAUAAUAAUGGUACCCCUACUACGUCGCGAAUGUCUUUAAAACCUAGUAAAGAAGCUCUGUUGGCUUAUGAAACAAAAAGAAGUGAUCGAUUAGCUCGUGAAAAUUAUCUUUUGCGUACUCUUGUUCAAAAAAUAAAAAUUAAUUGUCACUGCCAUGAAAGUUCCGAUUCAUCGAGUGCUUGUCAUUCUUUUCGCACAGACAAUUAA